UUCUUGUCUCGCAAUGACACUCCUCAAGCUGCUUAUUCUAAUUAGUUGUGUUUCGGUGGGGCUAGCCCGAAUUGGGCAUCCUAGGACACGCGGUGAUUACAGUUUGCCGGAUUUGAUUAGCGCAGAUGAUGAGUUCGAUCAGCUCAAACAACAACAUUCCAGCAAGGAGGGUGUCAAUGAACGGAACCCACUGGAAGAAGAGUUCCGUCUGCCGCGAAACGUUAUUCCUUUUCACUAUGCGCUGCAGAUUACGACCGAUGUGCACCAGGGAAAUCGAGCCUUCAGCGGUAAGGUGGAACUACAUUUCAAAGUCACCAACGUGUCGGAAACGGUAUACGUGCACAGCAGGGGACUUAAUCUGACCAAAAGCGAACUGUAUUCGUUUGCCGGAAAUGGUAGUGAGAUUGAUCGGGUGUUUGUUGAAAGCUUGAAUUAUACGUCCGAUCAAGAAAAGGAAUUUAUUAUUUUUACUGCUGAAGAGAGAAUGGUACCAACACAAUCCUAUAUAUUGAGUAUUGAGUACAGGGGAAACUUGCGAACCGAUUUUGAUGGAUUGUAUUUGGGCUCGUACGAGAACGACCAAGGAGUACGAAGAUACUUUGCAUCGACCCAGUUCCAACCAAUCAGUGCACGAACUGCUUUACCAUGUUUCGAUGAGCCUGCGUUGAAGGCUACGGUUGAUCUUACGAUUAUCCAUCAUCGAUUGUAUACUGCAGUUUCCAAUAUGCACGGAGUACGAACAGGAAGUGAUGAUUAUGUAGUAACUACUUUCGAUAGAACACCGGUGAUGUCCAUUUAUCUGCUGGCUUUCCUUGUUUCUGAUUUCGAAUAUCGGCAAAAUUCUACUCAGAGAGUAUUUGCUCGUCCGAAUGCUUUUGAGGAGACUGAAUUCGCCCUGUUGGCUGGCACGAAGACACUCAGUGCAAUGGAUGAUUACAUUGGCAUUCCGUACAGUAAGUAUAUGCCGAAGCUGGAUCAAGUUGCUAUUCAAGGAUUCGACGCUGGCGCCAUGGAAAAUUGGGGUUUGUGUAAAUAUGGGGAGCCAUAUUUAUUGUACACACCAUUGAUAUCAACGUUCCGCCAAAGAACGUGGAUUUCAACGAUCAUUGCUCACGAGUACAUCCACCAGUGGUUUGGCAAUGUGGUCACCAAUGAAUGGUGGAGCUUCCUUUGGCUGAAUGAAGGCUUUGCUACAUUAUAUGAAUACUACGGAGCUCAGUUAGCCUUCCCGGAGAACGAAUUUUUCGAGAUGUUUAACUCGGAUGUGGUUCAGUGGGCCUUGGACGCCGAUUCCCGCGAGGGAACUCGACCGAUGAGUUACAGCAGAGGAGCGGAUCUGUAUCAGAUUUGGAGUCUUUUUGAUAAUAUCGCCUACUCGAAGGCUGGGUCAGUGCUGAACAUGUUCCGGAAUGUUCUGGGUGAAAGUGCGUGGCAAGCGAUGAUUCAGAUUUACUUGACAGACAAUGCACUGAAGCCUGUAAAUCCAGGACAUCUGGUUAGAGCGAUGGAACUUGCUGUUAAUAGUUCGUACAUUUUACCCGGAAACAUUUUAAUUAGGAAUUUUGUUAACAGCUGGUCUGACCAAGCGGGCUAUCCUGUGUUGGAUGUGCGUAGAAACUAUCGACUACGGGAGGUGAUUCUGUCCCAGGAUAGGUUCUACAACAACAAAAUUGUAACCGAUGAUCCAACCAUUUGGAUUAUUCCGUACAACAUUGCUGUGCAGACAGCACCGAAUUUCAAUAACCUCACAUGGAGUUGGUUGGCGGAUAGAGCAGUUCGUCUUCCAAUGAAUAUAUCUGAUAACAACUGGAUCAUUUUGAACAAACAGCAAACUGGUUUCUACCGAGUGAACUACGACGUUCAGAACUGGUAUCUUAUCAUCGAUACACUGUAUAUGAAUCAUACUACCGUCCAUCGAUUAAACCGUGCUCAGUUGUUGGAUGACGCUUUCCAGCUGGCUCGAUCGAAUCGUUUGGACAUGGAAGUUGUGCUGGAUAUGAUGGUGUACCUGCGAAAUGAGACAGAAUAUCAUCCGUGGACGGCCGCAAGUCCUAUUCUAAGCUACUUCUACAAUCGUCUGCGUGGUACCGGAAACUACCAAAACUACCAACGAUUUGUAGCUAGUUUAAUCGACGGAGUAUACUCCAAUCUGACAAUUGAUGCUGUUAGCACCAAUGAAUCACAUUUGGAUCGGUACUUGAAGCAAACUAUUUCGACGUGGGCUUGCACGAUUGGGGUAGUAGAUUGUUUGAACCGAACUCAGAUUCUGCUUCAGCAAACCGCUGAGGCUAACGGUUAUAUGCAUCCGGAUAUUGCAGCCGUAACGCACUGCUUUGGAUUAAGAAACGCCACAUCCGUUGCGUUCAUGCAUCUGUACAACCGACUGAAAGCAUCAACUAAUCAAGUUCAGAGGAAUAUGCUCAUCGAUGCAUUGGGAUGUUCUGGCGACACAGAAGCACUUAACUCUUUCCUGAUGACAUCAAUUGGUGGGGACCUUCAGGUGAACUACACGAUGUCAGAACGAAACAGAGUCCUCUAUUCGGUGGCAGCGGGCAGCCGGGAUGGCGUAGAUGCCCUGAUAGACUUCCUUGUUGAAGUGCACGAUUACGUCUACGACAUUUUCGGUCAAGGUGGUCUUAACAGUGCCGUUGCCAACAUUGCGUCUAAAACAAACAACCGAGAAGAAAUGGAUCGGUUGGAAUAUUUGCUGGAUGAGCUAGGCAGUGCAGUGCCUACUUCGGUGGCUCAAGCAGCGUUACAGGUUGCAACGCGUAAUCUAGAGUGGCCAUCUACUCGGGAAGGACUCAUUGUGGCCUCUUUCUUGAAUAACUAUAGCUAAGCUGGCUGGUUUAUGUGAAAUGGUAUCGCCCCUAUCGUAAUAUCAAAUAAUUUUUAUUCGAGGCAAAUAAAGUUGAAGCCUCAUCUGGAAA